CGUUUCUCUCGUUCCGUUCUGUUCCAGAUAAAUAUGGAAGCGGUGACCGCGACCGAUUACGACUCCACGAAUCUCAGCAGGAAUUUUAAUCAGGUCGGUUUCAACACCUAUAAUUACUCGCAGUUCGAGGAGAAGUACAAGCCGCGGCAAAUUUUCAAAUACGGCGACGAGUACCUCGAGUACGGGCGCAGGAUCGGCGCGAACGACAGAUUCGCGCGAACGAAGCAUCAGGACGGUCUGCGACUCGAUCAGCGGUACUCGCGCAGCCAUUCUCAGCCGGAACGGCAGCACCACUUGUCGUCCCACGAGACGCGCUCCAAGUCCCAGGAUUCUCACGAGCUCACAUUCUAUCAGAUAGAUCCGCCUGUGAAAACGGAAAAUUUACGGCAGCACGACAAGUUGCAUCAAAGGGUGAAGAAGGAGCUGACCUUCUACGAGAUCGACGGGCUCUCAGCCGGUCAGGAGAGGAGGGACAGGUCCGAGGUGUGCAAGGAUCAGCGUGCCGAUAAGAGUAUCAAGUCCCACGACAAGUCCCACGCUGAUGGCCAGGAGCGACCGCAGACCGUCCAAAAGCACGGCAGGCAGAGCCAUCAGGAGCAGCAGAAGACGUUGGCGAACGCGCCAACGUCGGACUGUCAUCAGCUGAACCGGUCGCAGUCGGAUCUCACGGAGUGUCAACUGCCGAAUUACUGCGGCCAUCGGAAUAAUCCGUACAUCGAUCCGCCCAAGUAUCGACAGUUCGACAGGCCGCCGCGCUAUCAGGAGACCCCGCUCAUGAAAUCGGAACCGCCGCCCAAGUAUCACGCCGAUCCGCCUAAGUACACCGAGGUAUCCAGACGGCAGGAUGACUUUAAGAGGAUCCAGACGUGUGACGUGCGCAGCAACAACAAUAACAAUAACAAUAACAACAACAACAGCAAAGAGAACCUGUUGCAGGAGACCGUUGUCGACGGCGAUUCCCGGUGUCACGUCGAACCGCCAAAGAGUCAUCAUCAUCACCAUCAUCACCAUCAUCAGCAACAUCAUCAGACUCGCGGAAUCGGUGGUAGCAACGUUGCCAGCGGUAUUAUCGUCGGUAAUGCAUUCCCGGACGGUGGUGGCGGCGGCACGUACGGCGAGGUAACAACGUGCGACAAGCACAAGGGCACCGGGUCGGAGUCGAAUCGGGGCGGCAGCGGCGACGCGGUUCAAGGUCGCCCGAGCGACAGAUCCAUGCUGAAGAUCGAGAAACUGUCGGGAAAGGCCGUUUUGCACGGCAGCGAGUCGUCGUCGGUCGGCAAGUGCGGCGCGGAGAGAAUGAAGUCGACCUCGCAGGAGGUCGGCUACAACAAGCACGAGGUCAGCAAGGCUAAGGGCCACGAUGUCGGGCACGGUUACAAAGUCGAGAAUCUGCGUUACUACGGCGAGCUGAAGGGCUACACCGACUUCAAGGCUUACGGCAUCGUGGACAAGCAACCGGCGUCCGCGCACGAGAAGUCGCAUCUCCUCCACGCGCCCGCCUUGUGCGAGAAGGGUGACAAGUGUCACGGCAAGACGCCGUCAUCCUCGUCCGCGCAGAGUUACAAUCUGGCCAAGAUCGAGCAGCAACAGCCGGAGAAGAGUCAUCACGGCGGCGACCACUACUAUCACAGAUCGCACUCGAAGCCGUCGAACGUGUACCAGGUGUACCAGGAGACCAAGUAUUCGUACAACGUGAGCGGGGUGCCCGGGACGCCGGCGCAGGCCAGCGCAGCCGCGGCCUUCUUCGCAAGGUCAGUGCUCACUCAAUCUAGCGAAUACGAUAACGUGUCACGACAGCGUGCUGACGACGCACCUGCGUCUGACACGAACGUCCCAGUUACUCCAGCUCUUCCGGUAUCGUGA